AUGGCCACAAGUCAGGUUCCUGGAGAAGAAGAAUAUGAGAUGGAACUUACAUCUUUUUAUGGUGAAAGCUAUGUGGAGCUCAACAUCCUAGAAGUUUCCUCUGAGCUAUCUCUUGAAUUAAAAUUUCAAACCAGCAAGCCACAGGGGUUACUUUUUCUUGCAGCUGGAAAAAAUGACUAUUGUGUAAUAGAACUUCUAGCAGGAACCUUACGGGUGAGAAUGCAUUUGGGUGCAGGUGAACAAGUGCUCCUUUCUGAGCAAAGAGUUCAUAUGGACAACUUGGUUUGGCAUUUGGUGGAACUGUACUAUGUUAAGGAUCAUGUUUUCUUGGUUAUUGACAAACAUUAUGAGACAACUAGCCAAAUGUCUGGUGGGGUGCAUAAUUUGAAUUUUCACCAUGGAAUCUACAUAGGAGGCCACGGGGGGCUCAAUGUGCCUUACCUAGAUGGAAAUCUUCCUAACUUCCGCGGAUGUAUGGAGGAUGUCAUAUUGAACCAGCGGGAGAUCCUUAUGUCCCUUAGAUCUUAUCCUGGUUUUAAGAAGGUUUAUGAGGUCUCACUAGGAUGCAAUGAUGAGUUUUUUGCAGGAGAGGAUGAAGCCAUCAAUUUCUUUAGCUCUAGAUCCUAUGUCACCUUUCCAGAAUGGAAGGUUCAAGGGGAAGGGCUAUUGGAAUUUGCUUUGCAAACUGGAACCCAACAAGCCUUGCUUUUAUUUCAGCCAGGUAGAGAAGGGGAUUUUGUCGCCUUGGAAAUACAUGAGAGUCUACUGAAGGCGUAUGGAGGAAGAAAUGAAAGCAAAAUUCAGCUUUCUUCUUUUAACUUAGUUAGUGACAACAAGUGGCAUGUUAUUCAACUCAAACUCAGGGAAAGGUAUAUGGACUUAGUGGUAGAUGCACAAAGGGUGAGGACUUUGCUGCCUUUUCAAAGCAAACCAUUUGUGUCCAAAGGCCCCCUCUUGGUGAGGGGUCUUGAUACUCGAAUGUGGGAAAAAGUGAAGAGGUUAGAACUGGCCUCUGUGCCUAGAAAAUCUGCUCCAGGAAUCUCUUUGAAAGGGUGCAUAAGAGACUUGAAAACCAACUCAGAAAAGAGAGCAUUAAGGGACGCCCUUAUUUCCAAAGAUAUUUCUGCUGGGUGCAAAAUCAAGAGUAUUGAUAAUGCUAAUCCUUCUACCACAGUGACGGAAACCCUGCUUCAGUCAGAAGUUUCCCAUUCCACUGCAGUGCCUGGGACUAACUUCCAAGAUGAAAGUAGCCACUCUUUGGUUGUGAGUAACUUGGAGGUCCAAGAAGGUGGACGAGCCCUUUUGGAACCACAGCAUGUAGACGUAAAUGAAGAAUUUAAGGAUUUGGACAUCAAUUAUUCUCAAUUACUGUUUAAAAUAGAAGAAAUGCCUGUUCAUGGAUUCAUUCAAUUAGAUGUUUCCCCUGAACCAGAAAUGGAGAAGACUUUUACUCUGUUAGAUUUGUGGCAAGAAAAAGUGUGGUAUGUGCAUGAUGGUUCAGAGCAACCUACGGAUCGUUUCACAUUUUCCAUCUCUUUCCAUAGCAAGAAGGAAAUCCCGUCAUACCUGCAGAACCAUGUUCCACGUGUGUUUAACAUUAUUGUCAUUCCAGUGAAUGAUCCCCCAUACCUGAAGCUCCAGGAAGGAAAUCUGCUGGUCCUGUUUGAGAACUCGAAGAAACAACUGACCCCAAAUGUAAUACAGGUGUCAGACCCUGACACAGUGUCUUCAAGUCUUAGUUUUUCAGUUCUUGGCAGCUUCAAUUCAGAUGCUGGAUUUUUAGAAAAUGCCAAUGAUCCUGGGAGACCCAUUAAUAGCUUUACACAUGAGGAUUUAAGAGAUGGCAACAUUUUCUAUGUGCACAGGGGUCACCGCAACUCGCGGAUUGUUCUGAGAGCAAGUGAUGGUGAGCUGGUUAGCAAUACAGCUGUGUUACGGGUCAUGGCUGUUCCUUGGGACUUUGAAGUGGCCAAUAGGACUGGUGUGAUUGUAUCACAAGGGGGCUCUGUUCUGAUCACAGGGAGUAACUUGUCAGUGGAAAUUAAUGGUGAACGACAUGAGAUGGAGGCUCGCUAUGACAUCACUCACCCACCUCAGUUUGGCCAGAUUCAGCGUAGAGGGUUGAGUGGAGAAUGGAAACAAGUUAGGACCUUUUCUCAGCGUUCCAUAGAUCGGGGUAGGGUCCGGUACCAUAGUACAUUCCAAGAACUGCAGCAAGAAAAUAUUACCGAUCACUUUAAAUUUAAAGUUAGCAUAGAAGGAAAAGUCAGCAAAGAGCUCAUAUUUCCUGUGACCAUACAAUGGCUGAAAAUUGUACUUUUGAAAAAUGUUCCCCUAGAGGUCAGUAACAUAAACCAGCAAAUAUUGAAUUCUGAUCAUUUGCAGGCUGCAGCAUGGGGUGUGGAAGUAGCCAAGAGGGAGCUACUUUUUAAGUUACUGACCCCACCUAAGAAAGGAAAAUUGCUACAUGGCGAUAAAGUUCUCAAAACAAACUCAACCUUCAGCCAAAAAGAUAUUACUGACUCCAAGAUAAGUUAUGAACCUCAGGAGAGGCCAAGGGAAGACUCCCAGGAUACUUUUAGGUUUUUGAUUAUUGCAAAACACAUAGAAUCAAAUGACUAUACUUUCAGAAUAAACUUUAAAACAGAUAGGACACACAUUAUUUUAACAAACAAGGGAUUGCUUGUAAAAGAAGGAGAAGGCAAGUUAAUCACGAAAUCUGAAUUAUUUGUUCGAACCUUGGACAAUCAGAUCUUCCAAUACAAAGUUACCAAGGGUCCUCAACAUGGAAAGCUGAAAUUGAUUAGCUUUCCAGAUUCUCUGGAAAGUAAUGACAGUAUCACUACAUUCACUGAUCAAGACAUAGUGGGUGAACGGCUGAUGUAUAUUCAUGAUGACUCUGAGACCCAGUAUGACGAAUUCUUUCUUGUGGCCUCUGCCAAAGGUUCAGGCCAAGAGGGAGUAGCCAGGGAUCUUGACUCAGAGCAAAUGUCUACAGAAAUCAAAGUCACUGUUGCAGUGGAGUUAAAGAAUGAUGAGAGGCCAGUGCGCAUGGUAGAUAAGGUCUUCCAUGUCGUGCGGAAUGGCCAGCGCUUGUUGACCUUGGAAGAUCUCUGUUACCAUGACCCCGACUUAGAUUUUGAUGAUGGGCAGUUGCUCUACACCCGGCGGGGCAUCCCAAAUGGGGAUUUGGUACGAACCAAGGACCCCACUCAGAAACUCUACCAGUUCAGGCAGGAAGACCUGCGGGAAGGACAUGUGCUCUUCAGGCACAGGGGAGCGGACUCUGCCCGCUUCGUGCUGUUUGUAACUGAUGGUGUCCAUUACACAUCGUCCCUUCUUGAGGUCAGUGUGUCAGACCCCUAUGUUCAGAUAGCCAACAACACAGGGCUGCUUGUACAGAGAGGAAAGGACAGCUGCCUCACCACAGCCAACCUGAGUGUCACCACAAACCAAGAUGUCAGAACAGAUCUCGAGGUUGAAUUCCAUAUUGUGCGGCCCCCAAAACAUGGCAGAGUCCUGGUCAACAAUUCUGUGUCCUACUCAUUUUCCCAGCAUGACCUGAAGCGAGGACAAGUGGUUUACAGGCAUCAUGGCAGUGGCAACCUUGACGUGUUCAACCUGACAGUGAAAGUGAAAGAUACACACUUAGAAGUGGGUGUCUGUGUCCAGGUGUGCUCAGAAGGUCAGCCGCCUCACACCCAGGUCCUGCACAGAAACACCCUUGUAGUUGAAGAAGGAAAACCAGUGAAACUGAGUAGAAGAAGGCUCCAGGCUGGAAAUGAAGCCAGUAUUCCUCCAGAGGCAGAGUUCAUAGUCAGUUCUCCAUCAAGGCAUGGAUAUCUCCAAAUAUCUGAACCAGAAGGUGGCAGCUUGGGUGCAGAUGAAAAGUCCACUUUGAGAUUCACACACCGGGAUCUUGAUGAUGGCAGGGUUCUUUAUGUGCAGACAGCGCCCGACCAACAGCAGGAUCGUUUUUCCCUAGACGUGAUAAAUGAUUCCCAAGUGGUGAGUGCAGUGGAAAUUCUGCUGGAUAUCAUCCCUAAGUGGAUUCCUCUGGAGGUACAGAAUUUCACAGUUCAAGAAGGUGGAUCCAAAGCACUUCUGGAGGAUGACCUCAAAAUUCCAAGCAAGUAUUUUGAGGGACUUGACUGUGAAUUUAUUCUACUCGAAUCACCAAAACAUGGUUAUGUUCAAAAUUCUGAUUUUCCAAGAGUAAAGCUAAUGAAAUUUACCAGGAAACAGGUGGAAAAGGAACUGAUUUACUAUGUUCAUGAUGAUAGUGAGGAGCUUCUUGAUAAUUUCACCAUCUUUGCAAAUAGCUCAGAGCUUGGAAAACAGAGUUUGCCCAAAACCCUUUUUGUGACUGUUGAAUCUGUAAAUGACAAAGCUCCAGUAAUAACAGCCAAUAAGAUCCUCCAGGUAUGGGUGAAUUCUGUCACAGAGGUGACCAGAGGUGAACUCUGUGCAGAAGAUGAGGACUCCUCCCCACAGGACCUGGUCUACUGGGUCACUCCACCCAGCAAUGGCCAUCUGGCUGACAAGUCCUUUCCUGGAAGAAUCAUCCAGAACUUCACCCAGGCUCAAAUCAACAAGGGCCAGCUAGUGUUUGUACACUCUGGUUCUGUGAAGCCUCUUUCACCUCGUGACCUGAAAGCUGUGACCAAUGAUGUAGACAACGCAGGAAACAGAUCUAUUACUUUCACAGUUGUCAGUGAAGGCCUGAUAUUAUACGAGCAUGUGGAUCGAGUGAACACAGGCUGGACUGCAGAAGACUCUUUCACAUUCAUAGCGUCCUCCCCACCAGCAGCAGCUCUAGGCCCCAAGGAGUUCCGCAUUAGCAUUUCAUAUGAAGUUCAGGAGCCUGGUCAGCAGAGUUGCCUGCUCGCAAACACAGGAGCUGCUGUAAAAGAGGGAGACAGAGUUCUAAUUGACCAAUCUAAGUUAGAUGCUUCCAACCUCUUAUUUAAACUACCUGAAUCUCAGCGUUCUUCCUAUGAAAUUUGGUUCCAGAUUAUAUCUCUUCCUUAUCAUGGAACCAUUAUGGUUGGAGAAAGAAAUCUUACCAAAGGAAAACCUAAUUUCUCCCAGUCUCUAAUUAAUAAACUUAGACUCACAUACCUUCACGAUGACUCUGAAACACUGGCUGAUGGUUUCACCUUUGCUGUUUGGUCAAAUGAAAAGCAUAAGUCUGUCACCAAGCCGGAGGCUGACUUUAUUGAGGAGAUGUUUAACAUCACCAUCACUCCCGUGAAUGACCAGGCACCAGAAUUAAAGACAAAAGGACUUCGGUUGAAAGUUCUGCAAGGCAGUAGGGUGGCUGUGGGACCUGAAGUCCUAAAAGUGGAAGAUCUAGACAGCCCUCCAGAUGAGAUCAGAUAUACAAUCAUCCGUCACCCCAGUAAUGGCUUUUUGGCAAUGACUUACCCUCCAGACACACUUGUUCAUCAAUUCACCCAAGCUGACAUCGAUAACUCUCAGGUGUGGUUUGCACAAGACGGAAGCCUAUCCUCUGGAGUGUUUUACUUCAGUGUGACUGAUGGUGAACACCGCCCUCUCUACAAGCUCUUCCACCUGGACGUCAUUCCCAUUUCCAUCACCCUCAUGAACCUCACAGACCUUCUUGUCCCACAAGGCCAGACAACGGUCCCCAUCACUAAUGCUCACCUGUCAGCAGUGACAAAUGGAAGGAGCCCCCAGAUCAUUUACCGAAUAACAUGGCCUCUCCAACACGGGCACCUGCUGAUUGGAAACCAGGUGGUCAGCAGCUUUGGACAGGAGGAUUUGGAUUCAGGAAGACUCUCCUACCACAUGACAAACCUCACGGCCUCAGAGGACCAGUUACGGUUUUCACUGUUUACAUCAGAAUGCAACCUGACAGGACAAACCCUGGGUAUCAGAGUGCAGCCGUUAUUGAGGGUUACAUCAAAUCUGAAAAUUGCCAACAGGGUGGCUCAUCAGCUGAGAAGAAAGGACCUUGAUGCUACUGAGCUUGCUAACAUGACUAACAGUGAUCCCAAAUUUGAAGUGACAGAACCCCCUGUCCACGGAAGACUUAUACGAAGAGUGAUUCACAGCACUGUAAUGGAAGAUGCAACUCUAUUCACUCAGAGGGACAUUGACCAAGGGCUAUUGAUGCUCGAUCCACAUGCCAGUCUAUCAGGCACUGAUAUGCUGAAUGAUUCCUUCACUUUCUUGCUCAGGGCAGAUCAUGUACAGCCAGCAAUCGGUCAUCUCCCCUUCAUCAUCAUGCCGCUUGACCCCUGGCUUUUGCAGACUCUUACAUCAGAUGUUCCUUUACGAGUUACUGGUGAUAACCUCGUGACCUCAGUUCUCUUGCAGAAAAAGCCUGUGGUUUCUUCAGGACCCGUGGCACUGACACAGAUGGAAACUCUGGGGAAGCUGACCCAGGCUAGAUCACACAGAGCAGAUCCCUGGGGACCCUUCAGUGGUGAAGAGCCAAGUUUGGAUGACAAGGUCUCUCCUACCACUAGCAUUUGGCCACCAGCUGCUACCAAAGCCAGCUCUGGGGCACCCACUCAGCUCAGAGAAAGCAGUUACCCGCUGAUCGUCAUUAUACCCUUGGCUGCAGUAUUCCUUCUGCUAAUGUUGACUGUGGUGGCCUUGUGUGUCUGGCUGCUGGGCCAGAGGAAAGAAAAGGCAAAACCUCUUAUCGAGCCCCAGGCCAACCUAGAACCCACAACCCCAAGUUGUAGGCCAGAAAGGAGUAUAACAGUUCCUACCGUCACGGUGACACCCCUCAUGAAAAGCUCCAGCAGUCCCCCAGCCAGUCUUUUCAGGGCUCCUCCAUGUGGACAAAUGGCCUCUCCAGUGGCUGAACCAACAGAAAGAUGUGCUCCUUGGGAGACGUGGAUGAACCUGGAUCCCGACAUGAUCAAGCUCUGCCGACAAACCAACCCAACGCUGAAGCACAACCAGUACUGGGUCUAGAUUGGGGGCUGUGUUUCUUAUUGACCACCUACAUGUACCAGGUACUAGGAUAGGCACAAAAGAAAGAAAGAAAGAGAGAGGAAGGAAGGAAGGAAGAAGGAAGAAAACCAAUCUGACCUUGCUAGCCACUCACUGUCAUGACCCUAGGGUUGGUGGGUGUUUAUUGGAACUUCUGAACAGCACUCAUAGGCUUUCCAUGGCAGGUUUUGUAUGACCUCUGCUGGACAUGAUUCACCCAGUAUUCAUAAGCUUUUGUCAAUAUUUAAACCCUUUACCAAGGUGCUACUGAAUGUAUUGGCCCCACUGAAAAGCAGCAGUCUUAAUGGGACAUGGAGUUAAAGCUUUGAAUAUUUUUCAUUGAGGAUUCGCUCUGAGUGAGUCAGCAGGAAGUGCAAGAACCGCCUCAGCAGUAGGAGAGGCAAUUUAUCACCCCAGUGAGUCUGUUUAUGUGGUGUUUUUCUGCAGUGCCUUCUCCAUGGGGUCCCUAGUUUUGUUUUCCUAUUGCAGAAAAUGCGGUGAUGAUCCAGAUAAUGGAUCUUCCUUUGAAGAUAUUCACUGCAUGCUUUAUAUUUCACCAAAGAUUUUAUCUUUUCUGACUUGUGAAAUCAAGCCUAACAGUAGUAGAAAUACUAUUGGAAGCUUCUAAGAGAAAAAAGUUUGUUAAAUGCUUUUGUGGACCUUCAAUUUGGCUUUACUUUUUAAUGAAUAGAAAUAAUGACAAAUUUGUAUUUGAAUUCUCUAAUUGCACUGACCAAAUAUUAGUUUCUGCAGUUGUAAAAUGAAGAUAUUAGUACUUGUAUGAGUACUUGCUUUGGAUUUCCAAUCACAAGACCUUCAAUAUAAGUGGUUUAUGUUGGGGAUUGGCAAAUUUUUUUUUCU